AUGGCGUCACAAUUUGAAGUCGGAAAGAUAGCUGAAGUUGACGCACGAUCAUUUGCAGUCGACCCCGUGGCGUUGCAGUUAUUUCCGUCUGAUGCUCCUACACACCAUUUACCAGUUUGUGUUCGUGGAGACGGAAAUUGUUUGUUUCGAGCUGCGAGUCUUCUCUUGACAGGUAAUGAGGAAUCCUGUCAUAAAUUGUUACGUCUGGAGACUGCAAAGGAGCUGACGCGUCACAACAAAUACUAUUCUGAUCUGUGUGUUGAGCGAGCGUACACCUGUGCCCAACAAAAACAUUCGUUGUCCUCAGCAGCCCUGCUUAGCCAGAUUCUAGAUGACGAUUCUUAUAAAAUAUUUAGUAGCUGUACUUGGCAAGGAUUCACUACACUAGAAGCUUUUGCUCAAGCAUUGAAGAUAACUGCUAGAAAUUGCGAGAAGCUUGGAUCCUAUGUCAGUCUGCCAGAAGCGCUGUCCCUGACUUCUGUAAUGGGAGUGAACUUAAAAAUGAUUUACCCUGAUACUGCAAGUACCUCAGGAUUUCGCCACUUUCUUCAAGGUCUAUUUUCACCAAUGUUAGGUUGUGCAGCAAGCACUGUGCAUAUCAUGUGGUGCUGUGCGUCUACUGCAUUGCUUCAUCAGCCACUGCUACGUACAAACCACUUUGUUCCUAUUUUGCCGUCUCGUAAGCAAUCAAGUCCUGGCGAAGAGAAGUCCAGUAGCAGCAGUGAGUCUAAUUCGUGUAGCGAGAAUGACGCUGUAGUGACUACAGAAGCUAACCGUAAUAGGCUAGGUACUGUCGAUUUGAACACCCCAAAAUCACUGCAGAAAGUCAGCUCUACACAAAAGAAGACGAAACAACAAAGCAUGUUUGCUUUUGUUGCAAAGAAGGAUCUGACAGCAACUGCAACUAGUGAGUAUUUGACUAAAACGUCCAGAGUGACUGUUUCUACUCCUGCAAGCAAGAAGGCUAGUUAUGAUGCAGUCUAUGAUGCUGAAAAACGAAGAAGACAAUUUGUCCCAAGUUGGAAAGAUCGAUUUCCUUGGCUGCAGUUGUGUGUAGAAGAAAUAGGAAGUGAUGGAAACGUGCGUUCCGAUUUCAUGAGAUGCAAAUUGUGUUGUAAGCACUCUUUAUAUGCAGAUAACCGAAGUCCUUUUGUUUUGGGGACCACAAAGUUUAGAAUAGACCCUAUUAAAAAGCAUAGUGUUUCGAAACAGCACUUGGCAUGCGUCCACGCUGAACACAUGAGCGGUCAGCAAGCAGUAGAUGCUGAAACUACAGUAAUUGGGUCAGGUAUUCUGCGCCUCCAUGAAGGGGAACGACAACGAUACAGAUGUUUGUUUCGAACAGCUUAUGCUGUUGCCAAAAGAUGUAAACCCUUUGUCGACUAUGAAUACAUAUGCAAGCUACAAAUUUUGAAUGGCGUUGAUUUGGGUAAGAAUUAUUUGCACGAAAAGGCUGCAGCCAAGUUUAUCAAGUAUGUGGCUGAUGAGAUAAGACUGACAACAGCUCGUGCUCUGGUUGAACAUCGAUACGUCUCGGUAAUAUGUGAUGGAUCAACAGAUUUAACUGUGAUAGAGCAAGAGAUGGUUAUGGUACGAUACGUUGAACUUUCUAGUUGUCAACCUGUAACGAAGUUGGCUGCCUUGGUAGACCUGAAGCACGCUAACGCAGAUGGAGUGUAUUCAGCUUUGCAAACAGGCCUGAAGCAUGUUGUGAAUGAUGAUCUCCCCGAUGCUCUAAAUAUCGUUUGCGGCAAUUUUGAUGGUGCUGCUGUCAUGAUGGGGGCUCGCAAUGGUGUCAAGGCUAAGCUCAUUUGUGACCAUCCCUGUGCUACAAUAGUACAUUGUGUUGCACACAAACUGGAAUUGGCUGUUCUCGACACGGUUAAGAGAACGUGUUAUCUUGAUGAGUUUGAAAGAACCUCAAAGGAAAUUAUUAAGCUUUACCAUUAUUCCCCUAAACGACGACGGGAACUGCGACAAGUUGCGGAUACUCUUUUUGAAGAUGAUCUCAAGUCAUUCUCCGACAUCAAACAGAUCAGAUGGAUUGUCAGCAAAGAGCGAGCUCUAAAAGCUAUUUUGCACAAUUUGCCAUCUUUAGCCUCCCACUUAGAGCACAUGGCCGUCGGUGAUGGCAAUAGCAAUGAAGAGAAGUCCAGGGCGCAAGGCUUGCUGGAUAAUGUUUUGAGCUUCCGGUUUGUUUUUUGGCUUCAUAUUAUGCUAGAUUUUUUGAGUGUUGUGACAAAGGUUUCACGAAAAUUUCAGCAAGACAAGUUAACAGUACUUGAAAUUCCAGAUAUCAUCACUGGUUGCAUUGACAGUCUUUCUGAUCUUAUUGAACAUGGCGGAGACUAUCGAAAAUCAUUCAAUCUGAAAUUCAAUGCCUCCAAAAACAAAUUUGGCAAAAUUCAGUUGCGAGGUAGAAGGAUGACGAGAGAAAGUGCGAAAACAGACGGCAUAGACUGGGACAUGGACGCAACAAAUCUAUUUGAAAGUUCGAUAGCGUAUCUGAAACAGAGAUUUGCCUGCUUUGAUGAAGAACCAUUGAAGCAUUUCAAGAUAUUUAAUUUUAAGUUAUGGCCAUACAAUGAGAGCGAGUUAAAGAAGUUUGGUCAUAAUGCUAUCAAAUCCCUACUGGAAGCGUUCUAUCCAGCUCUGGAGAAGGCUAGCUGCAAUAUUAAUGAGGUGCCCAGUCAAUGGGGCAGACUCAAACGUUGUCUGCUGCCACUUCGCACUUCUCCUUUACUUCCAGUGUAUAGUGAUCUAUUGAAGGCAGAGUACAAGAACCCAGAUCUAAGCAGUAUUUUGCAUCUUGUUGACAUCAUGUUCACCAUCAGUCCCAGCACUGCUGAAUGUGAGCGUCAAUUCUCAGGUAUGAAAUUGAUCAAGUCAAAUCGACGUUGUAGAUUGCAGCAGGCAACUCUAGACAACCUAAUGAGAGUUCACUGUGAUGGUCCUGAACUGGAACAGUUUGCCCCUGAUAACGUCAUCAGUGCAUGGCUUAUGCGGACACCUGGGAGCCGCCAUAUUCAUGGACAUCACACUUCUAGAAAGCGCAAAUUCAGCGAACUUGACCAGUCUGAUGAGUCGGAUGAGUCAAUUUGAAUAAGACAUAUGUUUGUCGUGUUUACGUAGUAAUUACUUCACUGUCAAGAGUUGACGUUUUCUCAAAUUAAUUGACUGUGUGCUGCUGUUAGUGAUCGAUACUAAAGAUACUAUACAGAUAUAAUAAAUCAGUCACUAAUAGUUUCAGCUUGUAAUUGUACAUGCAUGAAUUCUAUUGAGUA